GGACUGUUGUUCAUGACUGCAAUGUACGUGGAUGAGGUCGGAGUCAACUUGAAGACUCUCUCACAACUUGGAAAGUUCACUGCAGUGGCUUUUAGUGGGCUCGCAAUCCAUGGAAUCAUCGUCCUACCUCUGAUCUACCUCCUGUUUGUGAGACGAAACCCCCUUUCCUUCAUUAAGGGGAUUUGUCCCGCCUUACUAAAGGCCAUGCAUUUCUCACGGAGCGCUGCUACUCAGCUGUCCAUACUUGGUUGUGAGGAAGCGAACCACAUUGAUAAAAGAAUCACGCGCUUCAUCCUGCCACUUGGAUACAAUGUCAACCAGGAUGGAACAGCCCUUUAUGAAGUGAUUUCUGUGGGUUUCAUCGCCCAAAUCUGCCGCAUCUACCUGAACUGGAGUCAGAUACUUACCCUCGCUGUGACCGUAGCUGUGUCGAGCUUAGGAGAGGCAGGGCUUCCAACUACUGAAUCAGUCACCACAAUUUUUGUUUUGAAAGUCCUCGGGAUUCCUGCAAAUGACGCUUGCCUCUUGUUGAUCAUACAAUGGGCACUGGAUUGCCUCAGCUCUCCUGUUAAUGUCCUGUCAGAUUGCGUUGGUGCAGCACUUGUUGCACAUCUGUCAAAAAAAGAGCUUGAAGAAAUAGAUGAGCGAGAAAAGGAGGUGUCGAGAGAGAGGAAGAGAGGAGAGGAGAAAUAGGAGAUCCAUGUCAGUGUGAGCCUAUAAGGCCGCUGACACAGCAGGAAGUGUCCAGACAGGAGCUGAAGACCAAACAUGAUAUCCAGUGCUAAGAAUUGGCAAAAGGUUGUUGAGUGUUUAUUUGAGCUGAAAUCAAACUUUUGAUGUAUGGAAUUGAUUUUAUAUAAAACUAAGUGUACCAUUGUGCAGUCAGUGUUUUUACAC